AUGGCUCCACAGACUGCAAACCGCGCGAAGAAGCCUUACACUCGCCCCGCCCCUCACCCUGCAGGGUCUGACGGCCAAUGGCUGCACGACAAGGCACCCGGCGUUCCGCGCGCGGUUCAGAACGCCGUUUCUAAGGGACCGGGAGGUGUAACAAACACAAGAAUCAUCGUCUCAAAUCUCCAUUAUGAAGUGACACCAAAAGACCUCACUUCAAUCUUCGGUCAAAUUGGCACGCUCAUACGUGAGCCACAAAUCAGGUACGACCGCAGCGGGCGUUCCUCGGGAGUCGCGGUUGUCACCUUCGAGACCCCUUUGGAGGCGACGCGAGCCAAGAAGCAGUUUGAUGGGAUUCUUUGCAAAAACCAACCCAUGUCGGUCGUGUACGACACAAGUGCGCCCAAGCCUGUUCGGAACGCGACGAACACGACCUCGCUGCUCAACCGCAUCGAGAAGCCACCUCUUAUUGAACGUCUCACGAAGGCCGAAACCAAACCCAGACCGCCAGCUACGCAAGGAAGCGUUGGUCCUAUGCGAACGAAGACUCGCGGACCCACCACACGCGCUCCCAAGCGGGAAAAGCCGAAGACGGCAGAUGAGCUGGACAAGGAGCUGGACGCGUUCAUGAAUGACGAUAUCAAGCCUAUCGCAGCACCAGCAAAAGCUGGCGGAGGUGAAGGUGACGUGGAUAUGGCUUGA